AUGGAUGAGUUGUACAAAAUUGCAAAGGCCUAUUACGAAACAGCCAAUAUUGAUAAUAAAGGUCUUGGGCACCGAGUUUUCAAGAGAAUGGAUAUGGAUGAUGAUGGCCAGAUAAGUCUUCACGAGUUCUUGGCAUUCCUUAAGAAUGAGGGCCGCAGAGAGAUAGCAAGUCCCAGCUUCUCCAAAGAGCUAAACAAAAACGGAACUGGCAGACUAGAUUUAAUGGAAGCAAUGACACUUUGCUACAUUAUUGAGAGUGGAAGAAAAUUCUGCGAUGGUUGCGGUGAAUUUAUGAAGGGAAUUUUCCUCUCUUGCAUGGAAUGCUUUGAUCAUGAGGAUACGACCCUCAAUCUCUGCUGUGCAUGUUGCGAACAGGGACGAUACGUGCACAGUCACAAGAAAUUCUUGGAUAAUUAUGUUUUCCUCGAAACCAAGAGGUUGGAUGCUUUGAAAGAGAAGAACACUGCAAAGAGGAAGCUUCAGCUGGAAGCUGAGAAGAAGAGAGUGGAAGAAGAAGAAGCUCCAACCCCAGAGGUUAUCACGAAACGGCUCCCCGAACCUGUAAGACACGAGGUUGUCCUCUACAAUCCACAUCAAGGAAAUAUUUGGCAUCUCGCAGCAUCCUUCGCUGGGGCGGUGAUUUCUAGAUGUUGCAUUAUGUGA